UUGUCUCGCAGGUUGCAGUGCAGAGAAGAAACAUGAAGUUGUUGGCGCUGGUUUUAACCGUCACCCUGCUGUUUGCAGCUGGCGAAAUGCUGACCUGCCACAGGUGCGUGUCCCGUCUGCCAGGGGAAGCAUGCACAUUAAGCAUGGAGACGUGCAUGCCAGAGGAGGACGGUUGUGUUGCCAUCAAAUUCCGCCUCCCCCCGUGUAAGUCUGAGGUCAUCAAAGGUCACGUGUCACCAAAUUUAAUGUUAGAUGAUGUGCCAAUUCACUCUCAUCUUUUUAAAACUGAUUUUUUUUUCUUCGCAGACGGUAAAAAGCAGAAGUGCAUGGCUGCGGCGGCGUGUGAGCAGUUGAAGCUGAACGCGUACCUAAACGUCACAUGCUGUGGCGGAGACAUGUGCAACACCAUAUAGAAUUACAUGCCAUAAAAUGAAUGGGGCACCGAAGUUCCCGUGAGC